AUAAUUUAUAAAAUUUUCCCUCUCAGGUACCAUUGACAAGCACUCUAUUGAAGUGACCAACUGCUUCUCUGUCCCUCACAAUGAGUCUGAAGAUGAGGUUGCAGUAGACAUGGAGUUCGCUAAGAACAUGUACGAGCUCCACAAGAGGGUGUCACCCACCGAGGUCAUCAUCGGAUGGUAUGCCACAGGCUUUGACAUCACAGAACACUCAGUGCUCAUUCAUGAGUACUACAGCCGCGAGGCCACCAACCCCAUUCACCUGACAAUGGACACAGCACUGCAGAGUGGCAAGAUGAACAUCCGCGCUUACGUCAGUGCGCAGAUGGGUGUACCAGGAAAGACGGUUGGUGUGAUGUUCACCCCGCUGACUGUGAAGUAUAUCUACUAUGACACCGAGAGGAUAGGCGGUAAGAAUACAAACAGCACAUUAAUCUGACUUUUUGGAAACAAA